AUGGAGGAGCGAGCUGGUGCAGGCUGGCAUAUGUUUCGUCCAGCAUUCGGCGCCGUGGGCAGGAUCCUGUUGCGCCGCCGCUGCCAGGCCGCGGCGGCGGCGGCAGGAUCACUGUUGAGGCCGUCCGGAGCUAGGCUGCUACACCUACGCCCAUCGCUUAAUUCGGUCUUUCAACCAUUGGUGACCAAAUUGCAGUCUCGGAGUGUCCGCCGCUUUGGGCUCUUUGUGAGAUCUUACUUCCUCUGUAGAGAUCUAAAAGGUCUUAUAUUACUUGCGGGCAGGGGUCGCUUAAUUAAGAGCUGUUGUUGGGCCAUGGCUACGACAGCAUCAGUCGAAGCAGCACACUAUCUGCAGACCUUGGAAUCGAUCUCCCUAUCGGUUCAGGAGCUUAUCGACUGCAACACGGAGAACAAUGGUUGCAACGGUGGCUACUAUCAACAUGCCUUCAAGUACAUACGGGAUAAUGGGCUCUCGAGAGAAUCAUCCUACCCAUACAUGGCCAAGAGAAGUGCUUCGGGUUGCAAGAGGGACAAGACGGUAGCAGCAGCAACACGUAUAUUAGGGUUUUGGUGCAUCGACUCGACCGAGGAUGCUCUCGAGGAAGCAGUAGCGAAGCGGCCUGUGGUUGUCCGUCUACAGGGUACGCCUGACCUAUUUAACUACAAAGGAGGCAUCAUAGAGUGCGAAGCUCUACCUGCUGCUAGUGCAACUACAUGGCAUGCUGUCCUGAUUGUCGGUUAUGGUACGGAUCCCGACGGUGUUAAGUAUUGGCGCUUCAAGAACUCGUGGGGAAAGGACUGGGGCGAGGGGGGAUUUGGGAGGAUCCGUAGGCACGUUGCUGACAAGCGAGGUGUCUUGGGUAUUUUUAUGUAUGGAGGAUUAUAUCCAGUGCUUGAUUAA